CCCGCCGCCCCUUCCACCACCGAGAUCCCACCACCCAAAUCUUUGUCCCUUUCCCGGGCCCCGCCCCUCCUGCUGAGGUCCCGCCCCCACACUCGUGGGCCUUCUGAAGCCCCGCCCCUCAAGAAGCUCCGCCUCGCCCGCGCCGGCUCGCACCCCCGCCCCCGGGAGCUGGGUUUGGUUACGCGCAAGAUGGCGUCUAUGAGCAGCUGGGUGUUGGGGCCGCGCGUGCUGUUCUCGAGCCGGGAGCUGCCCGGACUCUGGCGUGCCUUGCACACCUCUGCGGUCUGCGCCAAGAACCGGGCGGCCCGAGUGCGCGUGAGCAAAGGGGACAAGCCGGUGACCUAUGAGGAGGCGUUUGCCCCGCACUACAUCGCCCACCGGAAGGGCUGGCUGUCGCUGCACACAGGUAACCUGGAUGGGGAGGACCACGCAGCAGAGCGAACGGUGGAGGAUGUAUUCCUUCGGAAAUUCAUGAUGGGCACUUUCCCAGGCUGCCUGGCCGACCAGGUGGUCCUGAAGCGCCGGGCCAACCAGGUGGAGAUCUGUGCCCUGCUCCUGAGGCAGCUGCCUGCACACAAGAUCUACUUCCUCGUGGGCUAUAGUGAGACUCUGCUGUCACACUUUUACAAGUGUCCCGUGCGACUCCACCUCCAAACUGUGCCUUCAAAGGUUGUGUACAAGUACAUCUAAGAUGAUAACCUGUUCUUCGCGAAGCUGUAGCUGGCAGGGGACAGAAACAUGGGAAGGACUGAAGCAGAAGGGCUGCAUUGCCUCACAGGAAGAGGAAUGGCCUCUGUGCUGGUAUGGAACCAAGGCUUUCAUGCUGUCUGGCCCCUUUCUCUGUACUCUGUGGGGAGGAAACUACAGUUGGGUUUCUUGAGGUGCUUCAGGGGUCCCCAGGGGCGCUGCUAGGUGUGUGCAGUGUAGCUACUGGCUUGUGGUCAGUGAGGACCUUAAGCAGUCUUCUCUCCCAGUUCCUUGUUUCUGUCAGAACAAGAUCCCAUUUAAAUAGAAUAAAAAUAAAACAGUCUGGACCUGGUCCAUUUGUGUAUGCUUCCAACACCAACCACAGUCGCCUGCUCAGUGCACUCCUGGCCCCUAUGACCACCUGCUUCACAGAUGUGUUUAUCAUCUCUGUAGUUUCUCCCUUUCUAGAAUCUCAUGAAAUGGGACCAGUGUGCAGUCUCUUCAGACUGGCUGAAAUGUAUAUAUCUGCUUUAUUAAAAUAUUGAGUAUGUCA